AUGCGUGAAGGAGAAAACACGCGAAGAGAGAGGCGAGAGGGGAGGUCUCCCCCGAGAGAUCCUCCAGGAAAGAGUACAGAGACUCACCAGCAAGCUGUCCAUGGAGACUUCAACACUAUAGCGGGAGGAUUCGCUGGAGGGGGCCCGACAUCAGCAGCACGGAAGAGGUACUCUCAGUCUGUUUUAUCCGUCUCGGACCGGGUGAAACCAUCUCGGCCUCCUAUCACCUUUUCAGACGCCGACUUCGAAGGUGUGUCCCCACAUGAGGAUGACCCGAUUGUCGUCUCGGCGAUAGUCAUGGGUUAUAAUGUGAAACGCGUACUGGUGGACCAGGGCAGCUCGGCAAACAUAAUGUUCUGGGAAGCUUUCGUCGGGAUGAAAAUUCCGACUGACCGUCUAAUGUCAUAUGCAGGUACUUUAGUUGGUUUUGCAGGUGAUCAGGUAAUAGCUAGGGGAUACGCCGACUUGGAGACAACUUUCAGCCAGGGAGACUACAUGAAGACUAUCACUGUCCGAUACCUGGUGGUCAAUGCUCAGUCGUCCUACAGCAUACUAGUCGGACGACCGACAUUGAAUAAGUUGGGAGCAGUUGUCUCCACAGCCCACUUGAAGCUGAAGUACCCUUUACCCAGCGGGAAGGUUGGGGUCCUCCGUGUUGAUCAAGAAGUCGCAAGGAAGUGCUACGAGGACAGUUUGAGGGCGAGGAGACAGUUAUAUGUGACACAGGUUGAUCGGGGGAUCCAAUCAAUCGAGUUGGAUCUGAGGAUGACCCACUUCGAUUCCCGACCAGCCCCAGCAGAAGACGUGAAGGAAGUUAGCUUGGCCGAGGGAAAAAUGGUCAAGAUUGGUGUGUCCUUAACUAAGGAAGAUGAGGAAGGGUUGCUGAUCGUAUUGAAGAGCAAUGUGUCGGCUUUCGCAUGGAGUGCUGGCGACAUGCCAGGCAUUGAUCCCGACUUUCUAUGUCACCGUCUAAUGGUCGACCCCAAUGCGAAACCGGUGAUCCAGAAACGACGAAAGUUUGGAGAGGAUAAGAAGAGGGCCAUAGCCGAGGAGACAAAGAAAUUGUUGACAGCUGGUCACAUUCGAGAAAUCCAAUACCCGACAUGGCUGGCGAAUGUGGUAAUGGUACGAAAGAGUAACGGAAAUUGGAGGAUGUGCACGGACUUCACCGAUUUAAACAAAGCUUGUCCAAAAGAUUCAUACUCGCUGCCCAACAUAGAUUGUCUAGUCGACAACGCAUCGGGGUAUGAAUUGUUGAGUUUCAUGGACGCGUACUCGGGGUACAAUCAGAUCAGGAUGCACCCAGCUGAUGAAGAUAAAACAACGUUCAUGGCUGAUCAGGCCAGCUACUGUUACAAGGUGAUGCCUUUCGGAUUGAAGAAUGCAGGGGUGACGUACCAGAGGCUUAUGGACAAGGUGCUGGCCGAUCAACUCGGAAGGAAUGUGGAGGCGUACGUAGACGACAUGGUGGUCAAGUCGCCCAGCGUGAGUCGGCAUUUUUCCGACCUUCAAGAGUCGUUCGACACCCUAGCACACUACCAACUCAAACUGAAUCCCACGAAGUGCUCUUUCGGCGUCCAAGCGGAAAAUUCCUCGGUUUCCUACUGA